GCCAAGAAAGAAAAAGAAAAAAGAAGACAUUUGUCUAUUCUCAUUCAAAUUCAAUCGUAAAUCCAAAGAAAUCUUUAAUUAAAUUAACAACUUCUUAACCCACCCCGCCUAACCUCCAUUCUUCCUCCACCACCUCCCUCACCCAAUUCCAACCUCCAUUUCUCUCUCUCUAAAAACCAAAUCAAACUUCAACCAAACUCAACUCAACAAAUACCUCUCUCACUUCACACAGAGAGAGAGAGAAAAAAAGUGGAAAAUGAAGCUCUCGGCGUUGCAACAGAGCUACAUGAAUCGCCGUAACAGCUUCAGAGGCUCAGCGCCGUUAGAUUCAUCAUCAGACAGUUCGAUCAAGUCCCCCUCAGCUAUAUUCUGGCUAGUCCUUCACGGUCUCUGUUGCCUUAUUAGCCUUGUCCUCGGCUACCGGUUCUCUCGUCUUGUCUUCUUCUUUCUGUUCUCUACCUCCGCCACUAACCUCUACACGUCGCCGUUUCGCUCCGCCACCGACCUCUCCCAAACCCUCAACUUCCGCCCCAAUCCAGUCGUCAAUCCCGAAUUGCCUUUCAACAGAACCGCCGCGACCACCACCACUACCGCCGCCGCCACUACCUCAAGCAGCCGGGUCGUGGUUGGUCGCCACGGGAUCCGAAUCCGGCCGUGGCCGCACCCGAACCCGGACGAGGUCAUGAAGGCGCAUCGGAUCAUCGAGCGGGUCCAGAUGGAGCAGCGGCUCCAGUUCGGAGUCAAGAACCCUAAGACCGUCAUUGCGGUCACUCCUACCUACGUGCGGACUUUCCAGACUCUGCAUUUGACUGGCGUGAUGCACUCGCUCAUGCUGGUUCCGUACGAUCUCGUCUGGAUCGUCGUGGAGGCUGGUGGAGUCACCAACGAGACCUCUUCGGUUCUCGCCAAGUCCGGGCUUAGGAUUAUCCAUGUCGGUUUCGAUAAGCGAAUGCCGAAUUCGUGGGAAGGUCGCCACCGUUUGGAGACGAAAAUGCGCCUCCACGCUUUGAGAAUUGUGAAAGAGGAGAAGAUGGAUGGGAUUGUGAUGUUUGCUGAUGAUAGUAAUAUGCAUAGUUCGGAGCUUUUUGAUGAGAUUCAGAAUGUGAAAUGGGUAGGUGCUGUUUCUGUUGGGAUACUUGCUCAUUCGAGUGAAACGGACGAGUCAUCGGUUUCAGUGAUUGAGAAAAAGGAGGAUGGGGAGAACCCGUCGAUGCCAGUUCAAGGUCCGGCUUGUAAUGCAUCCAAUCAGUUGGUUGGUUGGCAUACGUUUAAUUCCAUACCGUAUGCGGGGAAGAGUGCUACUUACAUUGGUGACAGGGCAAUUGUGUUGCCCCGGAAGCUUGAAUGGGCUGGGUUUGUGUUGAAUUCCCGGUUGUUUUGGAAGGAUGCUGAAGAAAAGCCAGAGUUGGUUAAGGAUCUGGAUUCAUUAGAUGGGGUUGAUGAGGAUAUAGAGAGUCCAUUGUCUCUACUGAAGGACAUUUCUGUGGUGGAGCCGCUUGGAAGCUGCGGACGCCAAGUCUUGCUGUGGUGGCUCCGUGUUGAAGCUCGUGCUGAUAGCAAAUUUCCUUCUGGAUGGAUAGUUGACCCUCCUUUGGAGAUCACUGUCCCAUCAAAACGUACACCAUGGCCAGAUGCCCCUCCUGAACUCCCAUCUAAUGAAAAAGUAGUGGUUGGUGUCCAAGAGCACACUGUGAAGCAUUCUCCAAAGACUCGAACACCCAGAUCUAAACGCAGUUCGAGAAGUAAGAGAAAGCAUGACACAAAAAUAGUAGACACACAACUCCCUGUGAGGCAUUCUGAACAAAAUUGAAAGAUUGCCGGGGACAUCUGAGAUAUAUAUAGGUGCUGUGUGAAUUUGAAACUACUGGCCUUCAUGUGAAAAUCGACAAAGCAGAAAAUCAAAUGGUAUUACAGAGUUCAUUUGGAGGUCACCAGUGACAGUGGGCCGGUCACACUGUUCAGUUUGAAUUUCACCUAAGUUUCGGGCCUUUUUUUUUUUUUUUUUUUUUUUUUUGGGGUGGUUGAUAUUCUAGUCUCAUGAUGGUGGGGAUUUUCUGUGGAUCCUGAAUCCCUGAUUCGUCUGAAGCCUUGCAGAAAGCUUGUAUCCAAUACUAAUAGGCUUCAAAUUUUAUACAGAAUCUUCUAAAUAGGAAUUAUAGAGUUGCCUUCAGUUGGAUUUCUUAGAAACGAUACCAAAUGUAAUAAAAUUAUUAUUCAUUGCAAAACAUUAUUCUCUUGAUU